AUGGAAUCCCAGCGUCCGCCGGUGUCAUGUUCGGCCACUCCCCCCCAGCAGAGCCAACCGCUGCACCAGCUAUCAACCAACGCAUCGCCCGACGAGUACAACUACGCCUACAACGAGAAGGAGCCAUACCAGCGACAACAGACCAUCCGCAUAGACCGUCACAGCAAGUCAAGUUUUGGCCGUGGCCAUGAUUCCGUCAUCUCGCACCCGUUCUCGCCAAAGGCAUCCUCUGCGCCAAGCCCCUGCAGCAGCAUCUCCUCGAUCGGCCAACAACGCAACUCAACAGCCGAGAUCCGAUACUCCAGUAGAUCAGAGAUAGAACGAGGAAGCAUACAAUAUCCACAACAAGCGCAUCUUGAUCCCGAGAAGCAUGGCUACGGUUCGUCGCAAGGCCGCCGAUCUCCAAACCGUGUGUCUGCGGCUGGACCAGACGGCGAUGCGAUCGUCUACGACAAAGGUGCCUACCAUGAGAAAGGCCCAGAGGAGAAGGCAUGGCAGUUACUGUUUUGGCUUUGCGGCCCCUGUGCUUUCCUCUCCGGCGCCAUCGCUCUCUGGACGAUCUUCGCCCUCCUGAUCUCGCUCGCACUAGCACCAUUGCGAUUCUGCACCAAGCGCCCGUCAUUUUCGGAACAAAUCACAGCCUUCCUCGCACCAGCGCUGAACCUGCAGCUACACCUCGUCUAUUCUCACGACUCAACGACUGGUUACAGCGCGCCUAUGCUCGUCGUCAUUCACCUGUUUUCACCAAUUGUCGCAUUCGGUGUCGCAAUCGCCGCAUGGACCGCUGCAGGAUUCUGGUUUUUCUCGUUGAUAUUAGGAGACCCUGGAGGUCACGACGGACACAACGAUGGCAAAGAGAGCAUCGUCGGCGUACGGAACUGGUGGGAACGAUGGCUCUCAAGGGGACUGCGAGAGACGCAUGUUUGA